AUGGAAAGGAGUAUGAUUGAUGCAGCAAGUGGUGGAGCUUUGGUAGACAAGACGCCUGAAGAAGCCAAGCAAUUAAUUUCAAAUAUGGCCAAAAAUUCUCAGCAAUUUGGUACAAGGGCUGAUGGAGCUACAAGGCGAGUUAAUGAGGUAAACACUAAAAACCUUGAAAAUCAAAUUUCUGAUUUAACUGCUUUGGUUCGUCAAAUGGCUGUAGGGCGAUUGCAAAUGGCAAAAGCUUGCGGAUUUGCUGGUCAACCUCAAAGGAAGUAUGACCCUUUUUCCAAUCAUUAUAAUCCUGGAUGGAGAUAUCACCCGAAUUUGAGCUAUGGAAACCAAGGAGGACAACAAAAUUAUCCUUUCCAUAGUUUCAUUAGACCACCUCAAAUUCCCCACAAACCUCAAGCUUCAAAUUCAGGUAUGUCUUUGGAAGAUAUUGUUAAAAAUCUUGGUAACAAUGCUCUUCAAUUUCAACAGAAAACAAGGUCAAGCAUUCAGAAUUUAGGCAAUCAAAUUACUCAAUUGGCUACGUCGGUUAGUAAAUUUGAGGCUCAAAAUUCUGAAAAACUACCUUCACAACCAGAGAUAAAUCCAAAUGAGAAUGUUAGUGCAAUUUUUCUAAGAAGUGGAAAGAAGAUUCCUUCAGGGUCGAUUCAACUUAAGGGAAGUGAACCGAGCAAGGAAAAGGAAGAAGAAGCUUCCUCUAAAGCAUCACGUGGGGUAAAAUUUGAUCAUCCUCUAUCUCAUUCAUCUCACACUCCAUUACCUCAUUUUCCUAGCAGAUUAGCUAAGCCAAAAGAAGAUGAGCAAGAAAAUAAGAUCUUGGAUACAUUUAGAAAGGUUAAUGAGCUCAUAUUUCCUGUCGACUUUUACAUUUUGGAAAUGGAUGGUAAUUCCUCCUUAAAAUCAGCUUCGAUUUUAUUAGGACGAUCAAUCAUGAAAACUGCUAAGACAAAAAUUAAUGUAGAUGAGGGUACUCUCUCCGUAGAGUUUGAUGGAUAG